GAGGCCGGAUAGUGACUUAUCCGCAAUAUGGGUUGCCCCAAAAGACGGCGAGACCCCGACGACAAUCAACUUGCAAGGCGAUGUUUCCUCCGCUGAUCCCUCCGCCACCAAUCCGGUCUUCUGUAUGCAAACGGCCCCAUUCUCCAAUGGCGUAAGUCAGGAUAACACCGAACGGUGGCAGGUGGUCGUCCACUCCAACAACGAAGAUGUUCUCGGCUUCCGGGACCGGAACAGUUUCCGGUUCCAGGGCAUGCGGUUCGCAACCAAGCCAGAGCGCUUCGCAUAUCCCGAGAUGUAUCAGGGCUCCGGCGGCAAUGCCACGGCCCUCGAGUUUGGCUCUCCCUGCUACCAGGGAUUCGGCAGCGAAGACUGCCUCUACCUGAACGUUUACACGCCGUUUCUCCCGCGGAACAGAGGCGUCGACGCUGGGCUUCGACCAGUCAUGUUCUGGAUGCACGGCGGAGCCCUGACGAGCGGCUUUGGCAGCGACCCCCUGUUUGACGGCGGGAAUCUGGCCUCUCGUGGCGAUGUCGUCCUCGUCACAAUCAACUACCGCCUCGGCACCCUGGGGUACUUGGCGCUUGACGACGGGGAGACCAACGGCAACUUCGGACUCGCGGAUCAAAUCCUGGCAUUGGAUUGGGUCCGGGAAAACAUUCGAGAUUUCGGCGGCGACCCCAGUAAGAUCACCAUCUUUGGCCAGUCCGCCGGUGCCGCUUCUGUCCGGGCAAUGAUGGCAUCACCGAAAGCUGCUGGCAAGUUCGCGGCAGCAAUACCUAUGAGUAACCUGGGGGGUAUGGCGUAUGGGGAGUCGUACUCCAAGUAUUACUCGAUUGAGGAACAGCUGGAACUCGUAGGGAACGCCAUACUUCGCACCACGAAGUGCACCAACGCAACAUCCCAAGUCGAAUGUCUUCGGAAAGUGCCUGUGGGAAGCCUUGGGGCUGGGGCGCGAUAUCUUGUCAACGACGGUGUCUAUCUAACGACAGACGAGUUGUGUCUGAAGGGGAACCCAUUGAAUGUACAUGUGCUCAUGGGCAUCGCAUCCGAGGAUGGCUUGCCGUUCUUGACCUUCCCGCGCAACAGAACAGUCGUCAACGACACACAGUGGCUCACAUCCCAAGGCCUUCCGGCACCGCCUCCACGUCUUUUCCCUCCAAUAGAAACGAAGAACAAGACCCGGGCGGCGUUUGGUGUAGGCGCCCAGCUAGCAACCGACGCCAUGUUCCGCUGCAUAGACCAGGCGACUGUCUUCGCAGGCCUGGACAGCGGCGUGCUCGGGUCCAAAGUCUACUACUACGAGCUCGAGAGGACGUACCAGACGCCAGAGUGGCCCAAGAUCGACCUCUGCCAGGCACCCAAGUCGGAGGCACACCCCGCAGGAGACCCCGAAUCGCCCGUCGACAACCUGCGGUGCCACUCGGGCGAGCUGCUGCCGGUGUUUGGCAAUAUCGUGCGCCAGGAAAACCCGCUGCGCGACGAGUAUGAUUUGCCCUGGGAGCAGUACCUUCUCGACGCGUUCACGUCGUUCGCGAGAACGUACGAUCCGAAUCCGGAAAGGGGAUUCCUCGAAGCGAGGGGGUUUGAGAGCACACUGAGGGCGCAGGAGCAAUCGCUAUGGGAGCCGGCCGUCAAGGGCGAGAUGAAGAUGAGGAGGAUCUACUGGCCUGUGGAGGGUGAUAUGAUGAGGGACUUCAAGGAUCUCGAGCAGUGUAAGUUUCUGGGGCUGCCACUUGAUUACUACAUUUGAGUACACAUUUGGAAAUCCUACAAAACAGAUGCAGAUAUGUAUUUCCUGGAUCUAGAUAAUUCGACAGUCAUAUUUACUACAUGUAACUAGAUGAUGUUUAAAAUGUCUAUGUUUCAGUCUUAUUCGUCACUUUAGUCUCUCAUCGAUAACAGGAUCUCGACCAAAAUUCUUCCUUUGCUCUCAGUCAAAGCCAGUAAUGCGUGAAGGCCCAAGGAUUCGAUUGGGCUGGCCAGGCAGGUCUUGUUUACAUGGGAGAUCGGGACUCU